AUGGCAGAAGCAAAUAUUUCAGUAGCUCAGGACCAGUUCAGCUGUCCAGUCUGUCUGGAACUACUAAAGGAUCCAGUUGCUGUUCCAUGUGGACACAGUUUCUGUCUGGUGUGUAUCAACAACUGCUGGGAUCAGGAGGAUGAUAAAGGAACAUACAGCUGUCCACAGUGUAGAGAAACCUUCACUCCAAGACCUGCUGUGAGUAAAAACACCAUUCUGGCUGAAGUUGUGGAGAAACUGAAGAAAACAGAACUUCAGGCUCCACAACCUGCUCACUGUUCUGCUGGACCUGAAGAUGUGGAGUGUGAUUUCUGUACUGGGAGAAAAUACAAAGCUGUUAAAUCCUGUCUGGUGUGUUUGGCUUCUUAUUGUGAAACUCACAUCCAGCCUCACUAUCAAUCUCCUGCUUUUAAGAAGCACAAACUGGUUAAAGCCUCCAGACGACUCCAGGAGCAGAUCUGCUCUCAGCAUGAUAAACUGCUGGAGGUUUACUGUCGUACUGAUCAGCAGUGUAUCUGCAUGUUGUGCAAUAUGGAUGAUCAUAAAGGACAUGAUACUAUAUCAGCCGGCUCUGAGAACAGCGAG